AUGCGAGUUCGAUCCCUGGAAGCUUGGGUGGUUUUUGAUUUCUUUUACUUCAUUGCCCCCUGGAUUUGCCUUGGCAAACUGGAGGUGGUGCGGUUGUGUCAGAAUCCAAAGCUCGCGCUAAAGAAUAGUCCACCUUAUAUUUUAGACCUGCUGCCCGACACCUACCAGCAUCUCCGUACUAUCUUAUCAAGAUAUGAGGGGAAGAUGGAGACGCUUGGAGAAAAUGAAUAUUUUAGGGUGUUCAUGGAAAAUUUGAUGAAGAAAACUAAACAGACCAUAAGCCUUUUCAAAGAGGGAAAAGAAAGAAUGUAUGAAGAGAAUUCUCAGCCUAGGCGAAACCUAACCAAACUGUCCCUGAUCUUCAGCCACAUGCUGGCAGAGCUGAAAGGCAUCUUUCCAAGUGGACUGUUUCAAGGAGACACAUUUAGGAUCACUAAAGCAGAUGCUGCAGAAUUUUGGAGAAAAGCUUUUGGAGAAAAGACGAUAGUCCCUUGGAAGAGCUUUCGACAGGCCCUACAUGAAGUGCAUCCUAUCAGUUCUGGGCUGGAGGCUAUGGCUCUGAAAUCUACCAUUGAUCUGACCUGUAAUGAUUAUAUUUCAGUUUUUGAAUUUGACAUCUUUACACGACUCUUUCAGCCUUGGUCCUCUUUGCUCAGGAAUUGGAACAGCCUUGCUGUAACACAUCCUGGUUACAUGGCUUUUCUGACAUAUGAUGAAGUGAAAGCUCGGCUCCAAAAAUUCAUUCACAAACCUGGCAGUUACAUCUUCCGGCUGAGCUGUACUCGUCUGGGUCAGUGGGCUAUUGGGUAUGUUACUGCUGAUGGGAACAUUCUGCAGACAAUCCCUCACAAUAAACCUCUCUUCCAAGCACUGAUUGAUGGCUUCAGGGAAGGCUUUUAUUUAUUUCCUGAUGGACGAAAUCAGAAUCCUGAUCUGACAGGCCUGUGUGAACCAACCCCCCAAGACCACAUCAAAGUGACCCAGGAACAAUACGAAUUGUACUGUGAGAUGGGAUCCACAUUCCAACUGUGUAAAAUAUGUGCUGAAAAUGAUAAGGAUGUAAAGAUUGAGCCCUGUGGACAUCUCAUGUGCACAUCCUGUCUAACAUCCUGGCAGGAAUCAGAAGGUCAAGGAUGUCCUUUCUGCCGAUGUGAAAUCAAAGGUACAGAGCCCAUCGUGGUAGAUCCAUUUGACCCCCGAGGAAGUGGCAGCUUAUUGAGGCAAGGAGCAGAGGGAGCUCCCUCACCAAAUUAUGAUGAUGACGAUGAUGAACGAGCUGAUGAUUCUCUCUUCAUGAUGAAGGAAUUGGCUGGUGCCAAGGUGGAACGGCCCCCUUCUCCAUUCUCCAUGGCCCCACAAGCUUCCCUUCCCCCAGUGCCACCACGGCUUGAUCUUCUGCAACAGCGAGUGUCUGUUCCUCCAAGUAAUUCUAGUCUAGGAACUGUCCCCAAGGCUGCUUCUGCCACUCUUCAUAAGGACAAGCCAUUGCCAAUACCUCCUACACUUCGAGAUCUUCCACCACCACCCCCUCCAGAGCGGCCGUAUGCUGUUGGAGCAGAUACCCGACCUCAGAGACGCCCCUUGCCUUGUACACCAGGCGAUUGUCCAUCCAGGGACAAACUGCCCCCUGUAUCCUCUAGCCGUCUGGGGGACUCAUGGUUGCCCCGGCCAAUCCCCAAAGUACCAGUAGCUACUCCAAGCCCCAAUGACCCGUGGACCGGAAGAGAAUUAACCAACCGGCACUCACUUCCGUUUUCAUUGUCUUCACAAAUGGAGCCAAGAGCAGAUGUUACUAGGCUUGGAAGCACAUUCAGUCUGGAUACUUCCACGAACACAAGUAACAGUCCAUUAGCAGGCCCAGAGUGCGAGCACCCCAAAAUCAAACCUUCCUCAUCUGCCAAUGCUAUUUAUUCUCUGGCUGCCAGACCCCUUCCAGUGCCAAAACUGCCACCUGGGGAACGGGGUGAGAGUGAGGAGGACACAGAGUAUAUGACUCCCUCGUCUAGGCCUGUAGGGCUUCAAAAGCCAGAGCUGAAAUGGCCUGCAGAGACAACUCAGAGUUCACGAGUGGGUGAUUGUGACCAGCAGAUUGAUAGUUGCACAUAUGAAGCAAUGUAUAAUAUUCAGUCCCAGGCACCAUCUGUCACCGAGAACAGCACCUUUGGUGAAGGGAAUUUGGCUGUAGCCCACACUAACACUGGCCCUGAGGAAUUGGAAAAUGAUGAUGAUGGCUAUGAUGUCCCUAAACCACCGGUACCAGCUGUCCUAGCCCGCCGAACUCUCUCAGACAUCUCCAAUGCCAGCUCUUCCUUUGGCUGGUUGUCUCUGGAUGGUGAUCCCUCAACAAAUUUUACUGAGGGUUCUCAAGUUCCUGAGCGGCCUCCAAAACCAUUCCCUCGGAGAAUCAACUCUGAACGGAAAGCAGGUGGCUGUCAGCAAGGUGGUGCUUCUGCUGUGGCGACCCCUGCUGUUACCCCAUCACCACAGCUCUCCAGUGAGAUCGAGAACCUCAUGAGUCAGGGCUAUUCCUAUCAGGACAUUCAGAAAGCUUUGGUCAUUGCCCACAACAACAUUGAAAUGGCCAAAAACAUCCUACGGGAAUUUGUUUCUAUUUCAUCCCCUGCUCAUGUUGCCACCUAGCACAUCUGUAUCUGCCAUGGCUACGAGGAUCCAAGAGCUGGGCUCUUGAGGAGCACGUAGGAGGGCAGAAGCUCCUUUGGGGACUUCACUGUGAGGUCCUGCCCUCUCUGUGGGUAUCAUACCGUGGUCCCAAGAUUUCAAAGCAGUGGAAUGAAAAUGGAGCAGCUAAUGUGUUUUAUUAUUGUAUUGUUCUUGAAGGUGUCCAUCAGUCCCUGCUUGGAGAGAGUAUAGAUUUUUAUUACAUGGUAGCCUACCUGGGGAACAGUCCAGAAAGCAGUAGAAUAAGUAUUGUGCUGUAAACCCUAACUGAGGACUUAACACUUUCCUUAGUUAAGGAUGUGUUCAUGUCUGUCUGUCUGUGGUUGUGUGUCCUGUGAUGAUAAGAUUAUCCUGCUGUGUGUGUUAAUCCCAAGUGGGGAAUUAGCGCAAGAGGUUCAGGAAGGAAUCUUUUAAAGACUUCCAUCUACUGUGGUAUUUCACCCAACCCUAAUGUGUAUUACAACUUCAGCACUCCCCUUUGGCUUAGAUUGUCAUGUGCAUAGCUAAAGUCUUAUAUUUUUUAGAACACUGUCCUGUCCUUUACCCUCUUGGCCCACCCUCAGUGUUCUGUCGUUAGCAGUGCUUGCUGUGACCAGCCUUACAGAGGCCACACCGUAAUGAGAUGUUCAGUAUUAUGUGUGAUGGUGUUGGUUGGCUUGGUAGAGAUAGAUAAGAGAGAAAGUACUGUUGCUGUGUCAUUGUAGUCAUGUUUGAUACUAGCAGCUAACACUGGUCACUCCAAAGUAUUGUUUCUAUAGGAGCAUUGAAUUUGUUAAAAUAAGAUAUUUGAAUUAUCCUAAUUAUAAUGACUGAUUUGAGAUAGAGGCCUUCAAAUACAUUCCAUGUCCUCCCCAGAAAUUAGUCUGUGGGAGUCUGUUGCCUUGAUGCCAGGCAUGUGCUCUGGUGUAGGUCAUGAGUGUUUCUAUUUAACGGGAAGAGAUGAACAUGUUUCCAGGAUAACUUUCUGGCCCAAACACCAUGAAGCUUUUAGGAAAUUUCAUUUAUAUGUUAUUUAGAUACACAAAAUAGACCAUAAGGAUUUAUCUGUUCAGUUUUUAUUUCUAGUUAAUCAGUUUCAGCUUAUAUGGGUAUCUCUUUUGAACACGAGCCAGAUUAGAUUUUCAGAAAUGACUUUUUAUUUGCCCUUUAAAGUAUGGAGAUAUUACUGGUGGUAGCACAGCAUUUUGCUGAUUUAUUAGCACCUUUUCUACAUUGGUGCUAUCCAGUGACUUGAUUUUCUCUUGUGCCUCCGGCUUGGGGAAUGGAAUGUCGCUUUCCUCCCUUUCUUGCCUUUUCCUCUUCCCUUUAGGUUCAGUGUAUACUGUGUUUUUUACUCAUUGAAAUAAAUUACUCUAGUCAAAGACAGAAUGGGAAAAGGCUGGUGGUUUGUGAAAUUGCAAGUUUAUGAAGACGAUUCAGAGUCCAGUUGGGAGACCCACUUGCCAGAUCUGUAGAUGCUGCCCCAUGGGCCCUGGAAUUCAGUUUCUUCUCUGUCUGCAGUCUUUUACUGACUUUCCCAGCAGUGUGCAUUCCUUCUUCUUGUCCGAAACAAACGUGCUGUUUGCGAAAUUACCUUCCUCAAGAUAUGGUCCAGGCAGAAAUGACCCUCCUAAAGCAGCUUUCUUUCCAGUUGUGUCAUCCUUGGAACUAAAACCCUUUCUAAAUCUUCUCAUGGUAUCCAUAUACUCCAUGAUCUUUGUGUUUUAUCCUCUUGCCCUCAAGCUGUUUAUAUCCCAAAGCAGACAAUACUGGGCCUUGUGAUGACUUACUGUGGUUACCUAGUGUCAUCUCCUGUCUCCACUACAGUGGGGAGGAAACAGCAAAACCCCCAGUGGGUUCAGGAGGUCCUGCAUUGGGAACGAAGGAGGUGAGGAAAGGGGUAGCAGAUAAGAACAGUAGUCUAACAUCUACUCCUAAAAUCUGGUAGCAUUCCGUUUUGCAUUUUGUUUAAAUAUUGAAGGCCUAGACGAACUAGGAGAAGAAAAAUGCCAGGAGUUCCCAGGGCUAUCCAGAUUAUAAUAUUUUUCUCUAUAGAUAUUAGCUGUAGUUUGAAGAUCUGUCAAGAAAACAGAGCUCUGGCUGCAUCUCUUCUGCCUGUUCAGUGCAUUCUCGUCGUCCAUGAGAUUAUUGUCCAUACUGGCCAGGCUGAGGGUUUUUUUUCCUUCCUCUCCUGAGCACCUUUGUGACUCUUUGGUCAGCUUUGAAACUGACAGUCCAGGUCCUUGUGUUGAGCUUAUGCUCACUAAUGGGCUUGGGUAGUAGUUUGUCAGGUGAAUAUUGUAGGUGUUCAGGGUUUUGGACCAUCAAAUUAUGGCCAUCCUCUGACUAGGGCUCAGAGGACAUACCAGGUCUGGGCUGGAAAUUGCUACAUAACCCUUAUUUAGAUAGUCUCAAAAACCUGGAUUUUUAAAUUUUCUUUUGACUGAAGCAUCUAUUCUUCAUCUUUCAUUUGUAUUCUGAUUUUUUGGAGGGUAUAGGGGUGGUACUGGGGAUUGAGCACAGGACCUUUGCAUUGAGCCAUAUUCCUAGCCCCUUUUUAAAUUUUGAGAUGGGGCCUUACUAAAUGUAGGCUUGUUUGAACUUGUGGUCAUCCUGCCUCAGCCUCCUAGAAUGCUGGAGUGAUGGGAUUAUACGUGUGUGAUGCUGUGCUGGACUUAUAUUCCAAUUUUUAAUUCUUCAGCUCUGAUCUGAAUUUAAUUAAAAUUGCCAUUUGUGAAGAGGCUUUAUUUUCAGUUUUGUCAUUUUUGGCAAGCCCAGUCCCCUGACCCCACAAACACAAAUGGUUGAUAUGUUCAAGAAGACCACAUUAAUUUUUUUUUAACAUUCAUUAGGCUGUUUUAUUGACCCAAUUUUCUGUUUUCCCCGUGUCUUUUGUAUGUUGUGUUGCAUAACCUGCCUCAUUGCUAGGUUGCUGUCCUGCACUUCUGCAGCUGACUCUUCUACUCUCCUGUUAAAGUCAAAGUUCUCAAAGUGGGCUCUGAGAUAUACUUCCCCUCAGUUAAAUAGUUCAAUUAGGUAGAUCAUCAUCUCAGCAUUUACCUAUCAUUAUUUAAUACAGUAGCGAUCCCUGGCUGGGGUUAGCCAUUCUUUUCCCUUCUUACUAGCCUCAUCACCAGGGCCCAUGAUGUGGGGCAGUACUGUUAAUAUUCAGCAAUUUUUUUGGAUUUAAAAAUUGAGGGUGGGGAAGGAUUGCUAUUGUUCAUACUUAAAGUAUUUAUUUCCUGUGUAGGAAAGUAGAAUAUGUUUUAUGGUGGAAGUGGCAGACUUACAAAUCAGUUCUUACAACACAACUUGCUUGCAAGCUAAGGACCAGCUGCAAAUUUUCUCUAAGGUACAAUUACCAAAAUCUAGUCUUUUUCUGGUAAGUGACCAGCAGUGUAUUAGUGCAGAAUAUUCUCCUACCUCACAUCAUGAAAGUCAAAAGGUUAUUGCCCUUCCCGAACUUCCCUUCUUGCUUGUUGGCCUUUUUGACUACGAAUGACCACUGUCUACUGAGUAAUAAUAGUAUUCUGACUAUUGGCCUAGCCAUAGCAGUUUGAUUGUUCUUCAUUCAGCAGAUGUUUGAGUGAGUACAUGUGCCAGAAAGUCAGCUAUAUGUCCUUCCUUGCUGCCACAGGGGAUUGUAUUUGGACUGUACAGUACUUUCAUUUGACCAUAAAAUAAUUCUUCCCAAAAAGAUUAUACAGUUUUUAUUUACAGCAUUUUUAUAUGACUUGCCUGUCCUUACUGAGCUAUCUGGCUGAAAAUUGGUCUGAGACUCCCCUUUAACCCCUGUUGUCUUCUACAGCUUUGAUAAUGUCUGAGAGAUUCUUUGGUCAAAGCAUCUUGAACACCCACCUUUGUUACAUAUUUCAGUGGGAUUUGAUUAGUGGAUUGAGAGAUAUUUGUGCUUAGAGUUGCACAGUUGAGCAUUAAAUGUUUAAGCAAAGCAUCUGUCUGCAGUCUACUUUUCAAGCUAGUAUUUGCCCACAGUUCCCUUUUUGGUAUAGUGCCUUUUUUACCUUUUUACUGAGCUGCCUGUUUUCCUAACCCCAUUAGAAAGGGUUUUUCCCCCCUUUGAGGCUUGUUGCUAUUCUGUACUAUUUAGAAUUUGUUUUCCUGCCCUUCAGUCUUUGAAGCCAACUCAGCCUCAGAUGGGCUGGAGGGACUGGGAAGGGGAGGGCCCUCAUCUUAUAUGUCCUAAUCUGUAGUCGGUUAAUUUGGUUUUUGAAGACUAGUCAGUAGUAUAGACUGGACUUUAGCAGUGGUGUUAGCCUCUCCUCCCAAAGUGGGGAGCUCAGAGUUUCCUGUCAACGUGUCAUCAUUCUUCUAAACCUUAAAGCUUUGAAAUUCGAUUGGAAGUAUUUUUAACUGCAUAAAGCAUUAAUUAUUGUUACUACCCUGACACAAUACUGGUUGUUGAACUCAGAGCCUUUGCACUGAACUACAUCUCCAGUCCUUUGAAUUUGGGUCUUGCUAAGUUC